AUGCAGCGGUCGGUGCUAGUACCAACGAUCCGAGCAUGUCGAGCGGAGAGAAUUGAGGUCGAAGCUGUGGGUUCGCUGGGAGUAGCGGAAGGCCGCGAGCAGGCUGGUCUCGUCUGGCAGCACCUGUUCGUGGACCGCUCUCCUGUGUCGGAGGCUUGCCGUGGAGUACUGACGACGCUGCACUUGUUGGGUCUGGACCACCUUGUGGCGAGACGCGACCUGUCUGCUAUCCAGGAAUGGUUCAAGCAGCAGGAUGCCGAGGAGUUCGUGGACACGGUGUUCCGCCUAGCUGGUCUCAAGUACGCAGUGAUGACUAACAUCCCGUUUGAACCGGAGGAGGCCCGACACUGGCUGGUUAAUCCAGCCACAACCACGCCGCCGCCUGCAUGGUCGCGCAAAUACUUCCGUUCGGCUCUGCGGGUAGACCAGGUCCUGCUUGGCGAUUGGGCGUCCAUCAGCCCGACGCUGGACGUGUUCAAGCAACCGCAUACGCUCGCGGGUGUGCGUUUGCUUCUGGAGAAGUGGAUCGACAUUAUAAAGCCCGAGUACUUCAUGGCUAGCGUGCCCAUUUCCUUCGAGUACCCGGAGGAGAGUCCGUCUGCUUCUGCUGGUACAAAUGAGCUGCCUGAUGGUGCGGAAUUGCUGCUCCAAGUGCUGCUGCCGCUGGCUGAAGAGAAGAAGCUGCCGAUUGCGCUAAAGUUUGACAGCGUGCGCCCGAUCAAUGCUCGCUAUGGUGUGGCCGGCGACGGCGUGAAGCCGAGCAAUGUGGACAUUUUGAUCAAGUUGUGCCGUAACUUCCCCAAGGUAAAGUUUCUGGCCACGUUUCUCUCGCGCGUGAACCAGCACGAAGUGACCGUGGCGGCCAACAAGUUCCGGAACCUGCAUCUGUAUGGCUGCUGGUGGUACUGCAACAACCCGUCGAUCAUUGAAGAGCUCACGCGGAUGCGUAUCGAGAUCCUGGGCACGGCGUUCACGAGCCAGCACUCGGACGCGCGUGUGCUGGACCAGCUCAUUUACAAGUGGAGCCACUCGCGCGAUGUGAUCGGCAAAGUGCUCGUGGACAUGUACGAGAGGCUCUUUGCCACGGGCUGGAAGAUGUCCAGCGCGACGUGCAGAGGUUGUUUGGCCAGAGCUACGAGGCGUUCAUGGCAAAGAGACUGUUUGUAA